GCAGAGCGGCGGCUGGAGGCGCUCACGCGGGAGCUGGAGCGCGCGCUCGAGGCGCGCACGGCGCGAGACUACUUCGGCAUUUGUAUCAAGUGUGGGCUUGGCAUCUACGGAGCGAGGCAGGCGUGCCAGGCCAUGGGGAGCCUGUAUCACACCGACUGCUUCGUCUGUGACUCCUGCGGGAGACGACUCCGCGGGAAGGCCUUCUAUAACGUGGGUGAGAAAGUGUACUGCCAGGAGGACUUCCUGUACUCCGGGUUCCAGCAAACAGCUGACAAGUGUAGCGUGUGUGGACACCUUAUCAUGGAGAUGAUCCUGCAGGCCCUUGGCAAGUCCUACCACCCCGGUUGCUUCCGCUGCUCAGUGUGCAACGAGUGCCUGGAUGGGGUCCCCUUCACCGUGGACGUGGAGAGCAACAUCUACUGCGUUAGAGACUACCACACGGUGUUUGCACCAAAAUGUGCUUCCUGUGCCCGCCCCAUCCUCCCUGCGCAGGGCUGUGAGACAACCAUUCGCGUGGUGUCCAUGGACAGAGACUACCAUGUGGAGUGUUACCACUGUGAGGACUGCGGGCUCCAGCUGAGCGGGGAGGAGGGACGCCGCUGCUACCCCCUGGAGGGGCAUCUGCUCUGCCGCCGGUGCCACCUGAGGCGCCUGGGACCCGGCCCGCUCCCCUCGCCGGCUGUGCACGUGACUGAGCUCUGAGAAGCAGCCAUCAGGAGAGACGGGGUGACCCACACCCCCCUCUCACCCCCUCCACCGAGCUGCUGUCCCUUACGCAGGGGCCGGACCCCUGCGACAAAUAAUCGAUUUCUAUUUAUUCACCGUCCGUGCCUCAAGCUACUCCCCUGCUGGGUUCCAGGACACCCGCACCCUGCAGCCUCGGGACAGGCCCAGCUCCUCUGCCCAGCUCCUCUGCCUGACCUCGGCUCCCAGAGGGGCAGGGCUUGGAGGGCCUUGGUGCCAUGGGGGAAGGGUGCCUUGUUUGUGUGUGAUCACAGCCAGGGGGCAGUGACAACCUGGGAACACCGCGGUUUGGCCUUGAUGGGUGUUUUCAGCCACAGUCCUCCACCUCUCGGGAUCCAGUCUGGGCCGGUGCUUUUCCAGCAUCAGUCUCAGAAGACCCUGAGCGAAUUCAAAGGCAGAGAGAAAGCCCACGAGAGCUCCCAGCAGACCCCGGGAGCAUCUGCGCGCACUGUAUCAGGCUCCACCACAAAACUAUGUGAUUUGACUUAAAUUAAGUUCCCCCCAAGGAGGAUGUUGACAUUUUCUUGAAAAGAAUAUAGUUUUCUUCUAAAAACUUGGA